CCUCCUUCUCCUCCUCCUCCUCUGCCUCUCUCUUUCUCAAUCUCUCAAUCUCUCUCUUCUCUCCCUUGCUCUCUUCUCUUUUUCUCUUUUCUUACAUAUCCUAUUAGUUGUUUCCCGUAUUCUUCUUCUCUCUCUCCUUUUUCUCCCUCCUCCUUGUCUGUUUUAGUUCAUUCCUGCAGAAGAGAGAAGGCUAAACUUAAAAAAAAAAAAAAAAAAAAGGAGGAGGCACCCCCUUCGUAUUCUUCUUAUCGUUAUUUUAUACAUAUAUGAUUUUUUUUGGAGGGAGGGUGUUGGUUCCCGGCUGAAGAGCACUUAUUUAAAAUACUAAAAAAAGAACAUUUUUGGGCGAUCUCCAGGGUUUUUUUAACUAGCUCUGUGUGUUAUAGCAGAAGAAGCAGAAGAAGGAGCAAGAAAGAGGAAAAGAAGAGGAUUAUUUAUUCGACCUACUUUGGAUGUCUCUCUCGCUUUUUUUUUUCCCCAAUUCUUUUUCUUCUGAUUUUUAUUUUUUCUAUUUCGCUGUGAAUUCGUCGCCGGCGUGAAUUAUCUCGUAUUUUUCUCCCCUUCCGUCACCUCCCGAAAGAAGAAGGCGAGAGCCCGGCGCCACAGGCACAACAAAAAGAGCAAAGUGUGUGAUCCUCCUCGCCGGCUGCCUCCCGCUCUCCAGCUCUGCCUUCCUGAAUGGCUGGCAGCGUCCGGCCCUGGACCUGGCCCCCCGACACCAGCGCGCCCUGAUCUCGGCCAGCAGCCUUGCCCCGCGCCCCGCUCGGCUCACCGCACUCCCCUCAAUCCCGAGCCCAGCGAGGGCUCCCGCCGGGACAGCGGCGGCGGCGCGGGCGGCCCCGACCCGAGCUCGCGCUGGGGCUGCGGCCCCGACUCCAGCUCGGACUCCAGCCCGGCCCCAGCUCCUCCAGCGGCGUUCGCCGCUGCAGCUGAGGCGGCGGCUCCAGCGGCGCCUGCAGCCGCGACCUCCUUCUCCGCCGCCGCCGCCGCCGCCGCCCUCGCGGUCUUCCUCUAUGUCGGCUCAGCCCGCGCUCAGCGCGUAGCCCGAGCGGCCGACGGGCGGGCGGGCGCCUGGCGCGGGUGAGCGAGUGUGUGUGCGAGUGUGUGUGUGCGCGGGGGUGCGGGCGAGGCGGAGGGCGAGUGUGUGCGCGCGCUGUGGCCCAUGCCCGCCGCCCCCGGCGCUGCGCCCCGCGCCGCUCCCGGCUGCCGCCUGUGCCAUUUCUGAUUUUGCAACUUGGGGAAGAAGAAAAAAGCGAGAGAAGGGAGCUUGCUCUCUGGGGGGGUGGGGAGGGGGGGAAGGAGAGCGUGGCCCCCCCAGGAUCGGAGUGCGGGGGGAGCGGGUGAGGGGAGCAGGGGUGUUGCGGGGGGGGAGCCUGAGAGCCUGGGGGGGCUGCAAAAAGAGAGAAAGAAAACAGCAGGAACCACAACAAAACGCCAGCAGGGCGGGCGGGCGGGCGCUCAGCAGCAGCGGGGCGGCCGAGGCAGUAGCGGCGGCGGCGGCGGCGGCGGCGGCGGAGGCAGCGGCCGGUGCCCGGCUCCGGCUCGGCUCCCGCGACCCCGGGGCGCCCGGUGGGCCCCCCGCCCCCUCCCCCUCCCCCCUUCCCCUUCCCCUUCCCCUCCCAGCGCGCCCGCGCGCCCCGCGGCCCUCGGCGAGCAGCUCGGCUCCCCCCAGCGCUCCCCGGGCCCAAAGAUAUGGCAAUGGUAGUUAGCAGCUGGCGAGAUCCGCAGGACGACGUGGCCGGGGGCAACCCCAGCGGCCCCAACCCCGCAGCGCAGGCGGCCCGCGGCGGCGGCGGCGGCGGGGAGCAGCAGCAGCAGGCAGGCUCGGGCGCGCCGCACACUCCUCAGACCCCGGGCCAGCCCGGAGCGCCCGCCACCCCCGGCACGGCAGGGGACAAGGGCCAGGGCCCGCCCGGCUCGGGCCAGAGCCAGCAACACAUCGAGUGCGUGGUGUGCGGGGACAAGUCAAGCGGCAAGCACUACGGCCAAUUCACCUGCGAGGGCUGCAAAAGUUUCUUCAAGAGGAGCGUCCGCAGGAACUUAACUUACACAUGCCGUGCCAACAGGAACUGUCCCAUCGACCAGCACCACCGCAACCAGUGCCAAUACUGCCGCCUCAAGAAGUGCCUCAAAGUGGGCAUGAGGCGGGAAGCGGUUCAGCGAGGAAGAAUGCCUCCAACCCAACCCAAUCCAGGCCAGUACGCACUCACCAACGGGGACCCCCUCAACGGCCACUGUUACCUGUCGGGCUACAUCUCUCUGCUGCUGCGCGCGGAGCCCUACCCCACGUCGCGCUACGGCAGCCAAUGCAUGCAGCCCAACAACAUCAUGGGCAUCGAGAACAUCUGCGAGCUGGCCGCGCGCCUGCUCUUCAGCGCCGUCGAGUGGGCCCGCAACAUCCCCUUCUUCCCGGAUCUGCAGAUCACCGACCAGGUGUCCCUGCUACGCCUCACCUGGAGCGAGCUGUUUGUGCUCAACGCGGCCCAGUGCUCCAUGCCGCUGCACGUGGCGCCGCUGCUGGCCGCCGCCGGCCUGCACGCCUCACCCAUGUCCGCCGACCGCGUCGUGGCCUUCAUGGACCACAUCCGCAUAUUCCAGGAGCAAGUGGAGAAGCUCAAAGCGCUGCACGUCGACUCGGCCGAGUACAGCUGCCUCAAAGCCAUCGUGCUGUUCACGUCAGAUGCCUGUGGCCUGUCAGAUGCCGCCCACAUCGAGAGCCUGCAGGAGAAGUCGCAGUGUGCGCUGGAGGAGUAUGUGAGGAGCCAGUACCCUAACCAGCCCAGCCGCUUCGGCAAACUGCUACUGCGCCUGCCCUCGCUGCGCACGGUGUCCUCCUCAGUCAUUGAGCAGCUGUUCUUCGUUCGUUUGGUAGGUAAAACCCCCAUCGAAACUCUCAUCCGUGAUAUGUUACUGUCUGGGAGCAGCUUCAACUGGCCUUACAUGUCCAUCCAGUGUUCCUAGACCUUGGGCACUUCCUACCUGCCCCCACCUAUUUAGAGACUCAGAGGACCAGCGGGGGCCAUGGACUCCAAAGCCUGGUGGACACCGGGCAGCUGAUGCAGGGUGCAGCGUGCUGGGCAGGCUGGGCAGGGGAGAGAAGGGCUGGGAAGGCAGGAGCAGCCCACCCUACAUAAAUGCAACCCGAGCUGCAAUCCAGGAGAAAAAGAGACUCUUUUAGGAUCAGAUCUGUGAACACAUUGG